UCAAUAACCUCCCACAAUUGCAGAACUACCUACAGUAGACUCAGAAAGUAAUUUCCGAUGUAAAAGCUGCUGAAUCUUUGGUUUUUGUGUUCCUCCUCCGGCUGCUGCAGGACUCAGAGCUUCACUUCAGUUUGUUUUGAACUCGCCGUGGUGGGUUUUAUCUUUCUGUCUGUUCUCUCAGGUUCUCCAUCAUGCUCCAUCAUUUUGUCCUUGUGAUCGGGGCCUUGCUCUCAUUGGCCACACCCAUGCUGGUCGCUAUGGAAACCUGCCCAGCAGCAGGGAUCCCCGGGAUACCAGGUAUGCCUGGGCUGCCCGGCAGAGACGGUCGCACCGGAGAGAAAGGAGAGAAAGGCGAAGCAGGAGCUGAGUGGCAAGGCAGCCUCAGUCCACAGAGGGGAGAGAAGGGGGAGCCAGGGCUGAUGGGAUUCCCCGGUAAACGGGGUCAGAGCGGGGAACCAGGGGAACCAGGCAUCCCAGGGCUUGCUGGACCACCAGGAGAACCAGGAGAGCGCGGGUAUGUAAUCAGACAAACCACUGAGCGAGUAACAAGGAUUGUUGGAGUCCAGGAGAAAGCAGCCUUCAGCGUGGCCAGAGGAACCAACGAGUACCCGGAGAAAGCCAGCGUCAUCCGGUUCACCACAGUCAUCACCAACAUCAACAAUGACUACGACACUGGCACAGGACACUUCAGGUGUCGGGUCCCAGGAACAUACUACUUUGUGUUCCACACCUCUUUAGAGGACCGACUCUGUGUGCUAGCUGAAACUGGACCAAAGACUGUUAACAUCGUUCUGCGAUCAUCGCCGUGGGAGGAGACAGGAGGCCUGGCGGUCUACCUGCAGAGGAAUCAGGAGGUUUGGCUGGAGACUAAAGACUACAGAGGGAUGAGAGGAAGCCCGAAUGGUUACAGCGCCCCCCAGUGGCUGAGCUGCAUUACUGCAGUGUUGGUGCUCUUGGUUCACGUUUCCCCAGUGGUCACACAGACAUGCACCAGGGGAAAACCGGGUAUUCCUGGGAUACCAGGUACCCAUGGGCCUGAUGGCAGAGAUGGUCCCAAAGGAGCAAAGGGAGACCCCGGUGAGUCAGGCCAGCCUGUCAGGGGUCAGAAGGGGAUGCCAGGUGUGAGGGGCCCCCCAGGACGGCCUGGGAUGAAGGGGGAUGUGGGUCUGCCGGGGCCUCCUGGCUUUCCAGGCCAGCCGGGGGAGAAGGGAAGAGCCUUCAACCCCUCCAACCCCUCCAACCAGGAGAGCUCCUUCUUCUCCCAAAAACGAGUGACAUCACAGCCACAAGAGUUGGACACUGCCAUCAACUUCAACAGAGAGAUUUUACCAGAUCUGGAGCCACAGUUUCAAGGAGUUUCACUGACAAAUGGAUCGUUCACAUGCACCAUCAAAGGCAUCUAUUUCUUCAGUUACCACGUAUCAGCAAAGAGCAGAGUGUGUCUGAAGCUGGUGAAGGGCAGUGACACUCACUUGAUGAUGUGUGACAUGGCCGAUGGUUAUCUGGUCACCUCCGGCUCAGCCGUCCUGGAGCUGAAUGUCGGAGACGCGGUCUCGCUCCAGGCGACCAGGUACAACAGCAUUGUGACGAUCCAGAGCAGCACCAGCCACACCUUCACCGGCUUCCUGAUCUUCCCCACCACUUAGUCACAGCCUCUCAUCCACACAGUUAUAGGUCAUAAAAUCAGACUUUCAGAGAUAUUCACAGCAGUUAAAUGAAAUAUGUGUUUUCUGUAAUAGUAUAAAGACUGGGAGAAUAAAUAAAGGUUGGCACAGCAAUCAUAUGUUGCAUGUUUUAGCAAUAACAGUCAAUACAAAUCAUGUAUACUUUUAAAUUACUACAUGACAUUUUUAUAGGGAAUUCCAACCUUUCCAGCAGCCAGGAGGUUUUAAUCUUUUAAGCUUUAUUCAGUUGUUUUCAGUACAUUUUAAAGGUGCAGUCUGUAAUCUAAGUAUAAAUGCUGUGUCCCACCUUCAAAAAGCACAAGACUGAAAUCUGCUUUUGCUUCCAUAUUGACUGAAAUACAUCUCAUACACUGUAACAUUAAACAACCAAGUCUACAUUA